CCGCGAGCCGCCCGCCCUGCUUGAGGGACCGGGGAUUGCGGUGGGCACCGGACAGCCACCGACAGCUCCCCCCCGUCCCGGCCGGUCCCCGGGGACCCGCCGCCGCGGGCAGCGGCGCGAUGGGCGGGGAGGAGGAGAUCGUGCGCAUCGCCCGGCGGCUGGACAAGAUGGUGGCCAAGAAGAGCGCGGAUGGUUGCCUGGAGUACCUGUUUGUUGCUCUAGUUUUUGCAUGGAUCCUCAUUUGCUGCCAGUGUGCCAAGUGACUCCAUUUCUGAUAACGGAGACAGGAACCACCGGCUCAUUUUGUAUGUUAAGGGCUGGAUUUAAUGGAGUCCUUUUGGCUGCUGGAGGAACGGGAAGGUGUGAAACUGCCCGAGUGGGAAGCUGCUCAUUCUGGGAUGGUGCAAUGGAUUUACUGAAAGAACUGAAAAGCAUGCCUAUGACUUUGGACUUGCUGCAGUCCACCCGCAUUGGGAUGUCAGUGAAUGCACUGAGGAAGCAGAGCACAGAUGAAGAAGUGAUAUCUCUUGCCAAAUCCCUCAUCAAAUCUUGGAAGAAACUCCUAGAUGCUUCUGAGGACAAAAGUGAGGAGAAAAAGAAAGGCCUGUCCUUGCCAACAUCCUCCUCGAAGGAGACUGGUAACUCAAGAGACCAAAGCUCCAACAAAAGGCAGGAGCCUCCAAAGACUCCGACCACCCCCAAAAUCACCACCUUCCCCCCGGCGCCCGUCACCUGCGACGCUGUCCGCAACAAAUGCAGAGAGAUGCUGACAGCAGCUCUGCAGGCUGAUGAUGACUAUAUUGCCAUUGGUGCUGACUGUGAGCACAUAGCAGCCCAGAUUGAAGAAUGCAUAUACCAGGAUGUCAAGAACACCGACAUGAAGUACAAGAACCGGGUGAGGAGCCGCAUCUCCAAUCUGAAGGACUCCAAAAACCCUGAGCUGAAGAAGAACGUGCUGUGUGGGGCCAUCACCCCUGAGCAGAUCGCAGUGAUGACCUCGGAGGAAAUGGCCAGUAAUGAGCUGAAAGAGAUCAGGAAAGCCAUGACCAAAGAAGCGAUCCGGGAGCAUCAGAUGGCCAAGACGGGAGGGACACAGACCGACCUCUUCACCUGUGGGAAGUGCAAGAAGAAGAACUGCACCUACACCCAGGUGCAGACCCGCAGCUCCGACGAGCCCAUGACCACCUUCGUCGUGUGCAACGAGUGUGGGAAUCGCUGGAAGUUCUGCUGAUACGUGCCAUGGCCUGAGAGCAGCAGCCUCAAGCAGCUCAGAGCGUGACCUCCAUAUACCAGCUCCAGUUGUGUUCUGUGUCCCAAGUGAGUUUGCAUUGUCACACGCUGAGAGAGCAGCAGGGGGGGAGGCUUCUUCUCCACAUGGGCCUCAGUAGAGAGCUACAGCCACGGGCUGCUGGGGGGAGCUCACUGCACACACGUAGUUAUUUGCUCAUCUAAGCGAGACUGGUCACUUCUUUUCCUUCAAAACUAAUAUUAAACAUUUUUGUCAGUUUCUGACUUUUAUUUGA